AUGAGCUGCGUCACCUCCGGCCCGUUCGGGCUAUUCCCCGACUGCGACAACCUCGGCGGGUCCGUCUUCCUCACCGCGGUGUACGGCUUCGCGCUCCUCACCUCCGCGAAGCUCAUCGCGGACGGCAGCGAGCUCCUCCUCGAGGUGCUCAGCCCGGGCGUCGUCGGCGGGCUCCUCCUCCCGAUCCUCGGCUCCGUCCCGGACGCCGCGGUCAUCGUCGCGUCCGGCAUGGGCGCGUCCAAAGAGAUCGCGCAACACGAGGUCGCCGUCGGCAUGGGCACGCUCGCGGGCUCGGUCGUGAUGCUCCUCACCGUCACGUUCGCGGGGUCGCUCUGGGUCGGGAGAUGCGAUCUCGACGACGCGACCGGUCAGAUGAUCCCGAAGACGCUCACGCGCGGCGCGUUCGAGUUCGUCGGCACGGGCGUCAGCGUGGACAAGGAGACGCGCCUGAACGCGCGGAUCAUGAUCGCGUCGUGCGCGUGCUACCUCGUCCUCAUCGUCCCCGCGUUUUUCGGCGACGUGAAGGACGCGGAGUUGGACGCCGUCGCCGCGGGCGUCGCUCUCGCGUCCGCGCUCGCGUAUUGCGCAUAUCAGAUCGUCCGCCCGGAGUUCCAAAAGCGGAGGAUGCGCGCGGCGAAGGCAAGGCGCGCGCGGCACGUCGGCUCGCGCAUGGCGCACAGGAUCGGCGCGAGCGUCGGGGGACUCGUCGGCGCCGACGGCGUCGUCAACCCGCGGGCGUUGGACGCGAUGUUCGACCAAUUCGACGCGGACGCGGACGGCAGCGUGAACAAGGACGAGCUCAGGUCCGCGCUCGUGGCGAUGGCGUACACGAUGCGCGAUUACGAAGUCUCCGACGACGACGUCGAGCACUGGCUCAGGGAGUUCGACUCGAACCGGGACAAGUUAGUGUCGAGGGGGGAGUUCCACGUGGGAAUGGAGAGGUGGGUGACAGAGUGCGCGCGGCACGCGAGAAUGACGCGCCGUCGUCGACCGCCGCGGACGCGGCCGCGGCGGGCGCGCGCGGCGACGACGAACGACGGCGGCGGGGGGAACGACGGGGCCGACGCGGACGCUGACGCCGACGCCGACGCCGGCCUCGAGCCGCUGCUCGCGCGCGGGUCCGGGGUCGCGUCCGCGAGCGAGACGUCCGACGCGGAAGAGCAGAGGGACGAGUCGGAGUCGGAGUCGGAGUCGGAGUCGGAGUCGGAGUCGAAGUCCGAGCCCGCGACGAAGGCGCAGAUCGUCCGCCGGUCGUUCGCGCUCCUCGCCUGCGGAAUGAUCAUGGUCGGUCUCUUCGCGGACCCGAUGGUCGGCGCGAUCACGUCGUUAUCCCACGCGAUCGGGCUCCCGUCCCCUUUCUUCGCGUCGUUCGUGUUGACCCCGUUCGCGUCCAACGCGAGCGAGUUGGUCUCGUCGCUGUACUUCGCGUCGAAGAAGAAGAAGAAGAACCUAAGUCUGACGUACUCGCAAGUGUACGGCGCGGUGACGAUGAACAACACGAUGUGUUUCGGUCUCUUCGCGCUCGUGAUGCGCGUGCAAGACUUGCGGUGGGAGUUCAGCGCGGAGGCUGUCGUGAUCGUCCUCGUGACCGUCGUCGUCGGCGUCGUCGGCGCGCGGUCCAAGACGUACGCCACCGCCGUCGCGUUCCCGGUGUUGGCGCUGUACCCGGCGUCCUUGGCCGUCGUCGUCCUCCUGGACUGGCUCGGGUUGAAGUGA